AUGAUCGAAGAAGAGACGAAAGUCUUGUCGCAAAAACAUAAGCCGGCAAGGAACUCUUCGAAAGACGUGGAUCCGAAGUCGAAGAAAAAAACCUCUCGUAACGACAAGUACGUCCAUCACGAGGGGGAAGAACUCCAAGGCGCACACAAUUACGCGGUCAAUACGGAGCAAGGCAGAACUUCGGGAAAUACGUGGAACCGUAACCAGAGUUACGAUAAAAACGUCUACUGCGAGUUCCAUCAAACCGAAGGUCACUCCACGGCUAACUGCAAAGUCGUAGGGGCAAGGCUUGCCUCGAAACUGCUUGCUGGAGAAUUCUUUGGAGUAACCAGCGUCAAGGAUUUAAUCCUUGACUCCGACCGUCCGCCAAAAACCAAUAAGAAUCCUUCCGCGGAAAAAUCGUCGCCGAGAAAUCAGGCCGGAGAAAAGCGCGAGAGAAGACCAGACGAUAGGGGGAAUGAUAACUCCCGCAAGAGGGUGAAUAUGAUCAUGGGAGAAUCCCAGUACUGCAAGUACCCUCCGCGAUCUCCUCCUCAAGACGGACAGAGCGCCUCGAUCACAUUCACAAAAGAAGAGGCUUGCGGAGUCGACCAGCCUCACUGCGAGCCCUUGGUCAUUGAUCUCGUAAUAAGAGAUCUCGAAGUCGCAAGAAUACUCAUCGACACCGGAAGCACGGUGAACCUAAUCUUCCGCGAUACACUAAGAAGGAUGGGCGUUGAGCUCAGAGAAAUCACUCCGGUACCAAAACCGCUCACGGGCUUUUCUGGACAAACGUCCAUGACCCUGGGAUCCAUCCAACUACCCGUCAUAGCAAAAAACGUCACCAAGAUAGUUGACUUCGCAGUGGUAGAUAGCCCGGCUAUUUACAACGCGAUUAUGGGAACACCAUGGCUAAACACCAUGAAGGCCAUUCUCUCGACUUAUCACUUGGGCGUCAAAUUCCCAACCAGGACUGGAGUGGCCGCAAUCUAG